AUGGAACUCAACGAGCAAAUGAGUGAAUUGUACCGGGCAGCAUGGCUUGGGAAUGAACAAACGCUGGGGAAAUUGUUACAGACACACACAUCAAUCCUUGCCAACAUUCCAGAGGGCCAUCAAACUCCCUUACACAUAUCAGCACUGCUAGGUCAUGUUUCACUUGCAAGGGUUCUUCUCUAUCACGUUCGCGACCUCGCCUUUAGAAUGGAUUUUUCUGGAAGAACAACCCUCCACUUGGCUUCUGCAGAGGCUCACAUCCACAUCGUGAGGGAACCGUUUCAGGUUAACAAUCAGCCAUGCUUGAAUUGUGACAGAGAGGGAAGAGUUCCUCUGCACUAUGCAGCUAUGAAAGGAAGAACUGAGGUUGUGCAAGAGCUGAUCAUGGCAGGGCCAGAUGCUCUAACCCAGCCUCGUACUCCCAUCUUUACGCGUUCUGAUAAGGCUGGCAACACCAUUCUUCAUUUAGUUGUCAUGUUGAAGCGAGUUGAGCGACUCGAGCAUAACGCUGCAGCAGCAGAAGAAACACGCCUUCGAUUGAAUCAAAAUGCAGCUGACAUCAGCGAUCGCAAGGGUUCUAUUGCUCGGAUUGAAGCUUGGAUUGGGGAUUUGGCGACCAAGCUCACUGGGAUGGCUUCGACCGUUCACAGCCAGGCCGGCAUUUCAUUGGGUACUUCCAAUCGUCCCUAA